AUGACUCGCCAAUUUGACUCGCCAGCAUCGAGAAAUAGUACCUACUUCAGGCAGUUUGACUGUGGGGACCUUUUCAAUGGGAUAGUCGUCGAAACUGAAAUUGACAAUGCCGACACACUCGGCGCAGUCCCUGGUGUGUCCAAUGUCUGGCCAAUGAAGACUGUUCCAAUGGCAUCUGCCAUAACGCGAUUAAAGGCCGCUCCGGACCCCAAGAAUCAUAACUACUCUGUGCAUCAGUGGACCGGUGUUGAUCAUCUCCACGCUCGAGGUAUUCGAGGCAAAGGUGUUACCAUUGCCAUCAUCGACACCGGCGUUGAUUAUACCCACGAAGCGCUUGGCGGAUGCUUUGGACCUGGGUGCAAAGUUGCUGGAGGCUAUGAUCUCGUCGGAACAAACUGGAAUUCUCACAAUGAGAAGCGAUACCCAAAAGACCCGGAUCAAGAUCCUAUGGACUCCCAUGGCCACGGGACUCACGUCGCCGGAAUCAUUGCCGCUGAAAAUGAAUGGUUGACCGGGGUGGCUCCUGAUGCCCAACUUCUUUCGUUCAAGGUUUUUGCCGAUGAUCCCUGGGAUACGGAUGAAGAUGUGCUCAUUCAGGCAUUUUGUGAUGCAUAUGGCGCUGGGGCUGACGUUAUUACAGCAAGCAUCGGCAGACCUGAUGGGUUUGCUGAUGACCCAUGGGCUUUGGUUGCCAGCAGAAUUGCCGAUAAAGGUGUUGUAGUUACAAUUUCAGCCGGGAAUGAAGGCAAUACCGGGCCAUUCUACUCAAGCAGCGGCGCCAACGGCCACAACGUAUUGUCUGUAGCCGCCAUCAACGUGACCGGGAAUCCAAACAUCAGCACCUCUGAUCCCAGGGCAGCACCGAUUCCUGCCUUAUUCACGUCGUGGGGCCCGACUAAUGAGUUACUGCUCAAGCCUGACAUCGGUGCCCCAGGCCUUGAAAUCCUCAGCACCGUGCCAGACAAUGACUACACUUCGAUGAGUGGGACAUCAAUGGCUGCGCCAUACAUUGCGGGUAUUGCAGCGCUGUACAUAUCCAAGCACGGUGGUCGUGAGCUACAUGGCCCUGGAUUCGCAAAACAACUAGCCAACCGGAUUGUUUCCAGCGGAGUUAGCAUUGGGUGGGCUGCUGAUGACAUUGAUCUCGAUUUUAGAGCCCCUCCUUUCCAAGUGGGCACCGGUCUUGUCAAUGCGCUCAAGGUGAUUGACUAUGAUACGCAGUUGGAGUUUGAGCCUUUUUCGCUGUCAGAUUCCAUACAGUUCCGAUCAAGAUGGACAGCCAACGUUACAAACUCAGGGAACCAAACGGUGGUUUACUCUUUUGAGCUUGAGCCCCAGGCUGGAGUAGAAAUCUUGGAUCCUCAUUAUGGUAUAAAAACUGCCUACAAACUGGAGCCAUUGCGGAUUGUGCCCCCCGUUUUAUUGCCCAGUGAUGUUUCAGUAGCACCUAGAGAGACGAAACAAGUCGAGUUCAUCUUUGAUCGUCCCGAAAACAUAAAUGAUGAUUACCUACCUUUAUAUGGUGGUAAGGUUUGGAUGAGAGGGAGCAACGGCGAAGAUCUCUCUAUUCCAUAUGGAGGGGCAGCAUACGAUACUGAGAAGGCUUUUGACACCAUGUUCAUGGGAGAACCCUUCAUCACAGAUCGGGGGGCCAACUGGACUUGGUCAUUUAUUACCGACAAAAGCAGAUUUGACUUUGUCGAGUUAUCUGCCCGUCUCGAUUACCCAUGUUUCCAUCUCCGCUGGGAUAUAUACACCCCGUUUUGGACCGAAAUCCAUUGGGAGUAUCCUCCCGUCGUUGGGGAAUCCGGCUAUGUUGGUGCAGCGGCCACAAUGCGAGAUGCCGACACCUUCUGGUACUACGACCCUAGCCGUAUGGAUAAGGAGCAAACAGUCUCGUUUCCUAUGAUGAGGGUUCCACGUGGCUAUGCUAAGCAUUGGUGGUUUGGCAAGCUAGCAAACGGAAGCUAUAUCGCUCCAGGCAAUUACACCCUGCGAUUUGCUGCUUUGCGCCCCUACGGCAAUCCCAACAUCUCUGAUCAUUGGGACGUUAUGCGCAUGCCUGUGCGAAACAUUCAAGUCUUACCAUACAACCGAACGAACUCCACCACACACGGAAGAUGA